CCUGGGACAAAGGGCCCUCGACUUUACACGGCCGUGAGAUGGGAAGUUGAGAAGCUGAGUCCUAUCGUCGACCUCUCCUGCUUGCUUUCUCUAGACACCACCUUGUGGGAAAUCAAGAUGCCAGCGUACCACUCUAUCUUUCUGGGUGACCAGGGCGUCCAGCUAAUAGGCAACUUCCCGCUCCUCCCGCUUCGCACGAAAACCCGUGGUCCGGCCUACACCCUCCCUGCUCUCCCACCCAAUGUCGAUCCCCUCGACGUCGACCCCGACUCCGAGUCCUACGACUGCCUGGACGAGAUCCUGAGCUUGUUCCGCGCCAACACCUUCUUCCGCAAUUUUGAAAUUAAAGGCCCCGCAGAUCGCAUGCUUAUCUACGGCAUCCUCUUCCUCUCGGACUGUCUGACCAAAGUGAAACCAAACAUGGACUCACGUGCAGCCGAGAAAGCCCUGAUAAACGGCGCAUUAGAGCAAUUCAGCAUUCCAGGGGAGCCAGGUUUCCCAUUGAACCAAGCGUAUGAGGCACCCAGGGAUCGGAACGAGGCCGAGGCGUUGAGGAGUUACCUAAGUCAAGUCAGGCAGGAACUGGCAAUCAGGUUUCAUGCUAGGCUCUACGCGGAUGGGACCAAUGUACCGAGCAAAUGGUGGUUGAGCUUCACAAAGCGGAAGUUUAUGGGCAAGAGUUUAUAGACAAACGUUGAGGGAACAGCAUGAGCCAUUGGAGUUGUUCUGGAUGGACUGGUGAUGAGAAAAAGAGUAUUGAUAUCUGUUUCUCAGGCAAAUGAGGAGAAUUAGGUCCAUGGAAUAUGAUUCACCAUCCAGAACAAGCCAUGCUCAGUUUUCGCCUGGCCUUCGUCUCAACCCAUUUAUGCCUGGUCGUUGACAGCCUCAAGCGCCUCUAGAUCGCCCUGUUCCUGCGCCACAGCCCCGACCUUUAGUUUCUUUAGCGGCGAC